UUUCAGACAAAUAAUGUUCAAUGAAUUUUUGUACAAAGUGGAACAAAUGGAAGAGGAUGAUGGGGAACAAAGGGCCAAAUCCGACAAAGCUGGCGAUCAAAGAAUGGCGAUUUAUGUGAAUCACUCGUUUCAAGUCUCUCAAGGAGAUCGAUAUCGAUUUCCAUCCAACCAGUUUGGGUACGGACUUUCCAACUGCUCUCCGUAUUUUCUUCAAGAUUUCACACAUGUUCUCAACAGAUAUAUGCAGCUGGAAGCCUAUUGUGAUGCUGUUGAUGAUUUGACUGGAGCCCUGCCAAAAACAGGACUUGCUCCGAAUGAGCCCGACCUGUUUCAGGCGCUUUUUUUCCCAAGAAGUAUAGCGCCGAGAACACCGAUGAAUCCAGUAGCCUCGACCCAAAUGACCGAGGAAACCCUCUCGGCCAUGUGGUUCCGUCUCGUGGCUCACUAUUUCGAGUGGCUUGCUGGAAUCUCUGAACUACAAUACCUAAGUGACCAGGACAAGUUGCGUCUGGCAGUGUGCCAACUUUGCAAGGUUGUCUGCUUUUCCGUCGUUUAUGCGAACUAUCAUUUCAAAAAUGACGAGAACGACGAUUUGCUGUUUUUUGGCUCAGGCUUCUACUGGGAUCCGGCGAGGGGAAAUGAUCCAUUAAUGGAUGAUUAUUGCCAAGAAAUGAAGAGAAUUGUGAACCAAGUUGUAUAUCCUUUGCGGAAAGUUGGCAUGGUGAAGGAAGAGUUUGUACUUGUCAAGUUGAUUCUUCUUUUUGAUUGUACAAGUCUGAUGGGCCUCUCUGACGAAGGUCUCGAGUUCACCAGAUCCAUGUGCAACAAGUACCGUACUACCUUAUCUCAGUACGUCAGAUGUCAUAUUGAAGAGCUUGCCGAUACGGAAGGCUGGAGCCAAAAUGAGAUAGACAGAUGCUCAAUGGACCGAAUCAAAAACUUAUUGGAUUUGCCAAUUGGUGUCGAGAAGCUCGGAAAACUGGACGACGACAGUCUAGCUGAAAUGGUGGAGAGCAACUACGGCGGGAUGCGUGGCACACUUCAACAACAAAUUCAUACCGAGUCGAGGAAAGUUCGAAAUCGCUGAUCCUGAAGUUUUUGAGAUUUUUGAAGUACUUUUUAAUACUUUUUUGUACAUAAUAUAAAUCUUUAAUUU